AUGUCUCCCUUCAUCACAUCCGCUCCUGCCGUAGACUUUGACGGACUAUCAUGGCCGAGUACAGGCACACUAGCGAGACUUCAUGAGAAGGAGAACCCAGCAGAAGCAGAAGCGAGAUUACAAAAGCUAUCAGGAGCAGUGCGGACUAUAUUGGAGUGCAUUGGCGAGGAUCCGGAUCGAGAAGGUCUGCACGGCACGCCGGAGCGAUAUGCAAAAGCUAUGAUGUUCUUCACCAAAGGCUACGAGGAGAAUUUACGGGACAUUGUCAAUGGUGCCGUGUUCCAUGAGGACCAUGACGAACUGGUGAUUGUGAAGGAUAUCGAGGUGUACAGUCUGUGCGAGCAUCAUCUCGUGCCCUUCACGGGCAAGAUGCACAUUGGCUACAUUCCUUCGCAAAGAGUGAUUGGUCUUUCAAAGCUCGCUCGCAUUGCUGAGAUGUUCAGUCGACGCUUGCAGGUGCAGGAGCGAUUGACGAAGCAAGUAGCCUUGGCUCUCUCCGAAGUGCUCAAACCUCAAGGUGUUGCUGUAGUGAUGGAAAGCACACACAUGUGUAUGGUCAUGCGUGGCGUUCAAAAGGCGGGAUCUGUGACAACGACGAGCUGUAUGCUGGGUGCCAUGCGGAAAAGAGCGAAGACCAGAGAGGAGUUCUUGAGUCUGCUUGGAAGGCGGAUGUAA